AUGGCGGCAAAAGAAUUCGCUUUUGUCGAAGUCGACAUCAACGGCCGAGUCACAGACAAGAACCACUUGCAUACAAUCCGGAAGCAUAUCAUGAAGGACAUUGGCAAAGCACGGCGGAAGCCAAUCUUCUCGACUUCGCAGUACAUAGCCAAUAGCAACGUCACAACCCUCAGGGACAUACGAGUGAACAAAACUCAAGAGGAAGAUGAUUUCAUCAUCCCGGCACCAGAAUCUGGUUUUCUUGGCUCUGGCCGCAUGAACCCCUUUCAGCGUUAUCCCGUCCCAGUGGAUAUGGAGAUCCUUUUUCUGAUCGACCAUCUUUAUAAUUGGCCAGACCCUCAUUUGCGUCCAUUUAAGGAUACUUGGUUUCCCAUCAGUAUUUCCGAUCCUGCCUUUUUCUACGAAGUCUUGUCCAAUAUCUCUGCUCAUGUCUUCACGCUUCGCAACGGCUUGCAAAAUGAAGACCACUGUCCUCAAUCAAUUGCCCUGCACUCACGAGCUAUGCGCUCUGUCCGAGCACGAUUACUCGACCCAGUCUUGGGAAUCAGCGAUGGCGUUAUCGGUACCGUGCUCGCAUUUGCCUCCUUCAGUCACCGGACGAACGAUUGGGCUGAGUAUGACCUCCAUAUGGCAGCACUUUAUCGGAUUAUUGAAGCUCGAGGCGGCGUCUCCUGCCUUUCAAAUAAUCCAGUGCUAAGGCACCUCAUUUCUGGAGUCGACCUUGCUGGCACCUGCUUUCUCGAACGGCCACGACCACUCUUUCCACUUCCAACGGCAUCGGCCAAUGAAAGCGCAAUCAAAAAUAUGCCGUGGCCUGUACCCCAAACGCCGUACUACUACCAGAGCAUCUGGAAACAUGCAUUCCGGGCUAACUCUCCCCUGUUGUCGAUUUUCCACGAUAUCACUACACUUAUGAUGACGCUGAAGUCCGACUUGAUGUGGAAGGAGAGCAGGCCCGAGACUGUAUCCAUUGAUCAGAAGACAAUGGGUUUAUUGUUUGGCCGCCUGGGAGAACUUUCUGUGCCUGUUUCAGAUAUCACCGAGGACAGUCUCUUGGAAGAGUGCUGCAGACUGGCGACUCUUUUGCUCCUCGAGAAAGUUUCAUCUCAAUUCAACAUUUUGGAUUGUAGACUACACAGCACCGAACAUCAACACAUAACCAAGAAUGUUCAAAAGCUUCAUACCAUCCUAAUUACGAAUAUGCAUUACAAGCAAUGGAUACUUUUCAAACCGCUCCUGAAUUGGAUUGCCUCUUUAGCCGCAAUCUCGACAUCCAGCGAGGAAAUAAAACACGAUUUCCUAGAUUUGGUCGUCUAUGCUGGCAGACUCAUGGGAUUGAAUGGCUGGGAUGAAGCGCUGAUCACAGCCGCGAACAUGCUAUGGGUAGGGGGGUUUUUCGAUGAGAGAUAUCACAGCAUCACCAAGUGCUUUUCGUGGGAAAACUCUCAAUGA